CAUUCUAGUAUCAUUAUUGAUUAGAUAACCAUCCACCACUUUGGACAGGUGUACAAUGACAUAUUGAGCAACUUGUUAGACAAGCAAAUUUCUCUACAUCCACUAACUGCGUCGAUUCAAGAAUUUGCUUCUGCUGCCAAAGAAGCUAAUGAGGAAUCAAAGAAACUGAGACUGCAAGAAAACUCAGAUCAUUUUGUGGAUAUGAAGAUACGAGCAUUGAAUGAUAGACUGAUGCUUACGGAAAAAGGUUUCUUGGAUGUUGACGGGCUUCGAGGAAGACAAUGGUUCAAGCAUCUUGUUUUUGGGCCUCCCAGAGACCAAGAAAGCAAGUUGGAUUUCUUCCCUGGAAUAGCUGACUCUAUGUCUGAGAUGUUUAAAAUGAGUGAAAAAGAAAGGCAGGCAGCAAUUCAGCAUGAGCUUUGGAGGGUGGCCAGGGCUAUUCAAAGAGCUGCUUCAGCACUAAGAGGAGAUUUGGCCUAAAACUACUGGAAAAGAUGGAAUUUAUCUUAGUUGAACUGUAAAUAUCAGUUUCUAUUUUGUGCUUCAUUUUUACCAGUA